GAGAUUUUCAAUGUUUUCUUGAAGAAAUCAUGGAAGAAUYCUUUAAUAAAACCGUUCCCUUGUUCUUAAAACAUACAGACAACAACGACAGAAGAUCUUGCGUUCGUAUCUCUGUCACCAACCGACUCUCCUCAACCGGCCCACAUAAAGAGCUGGCAGUUCGGCUAACUGAUGACAGCGACCCCUUCUUUCUUUAUUCUUUGAUUCUUAAUGAAGAGGAUUUCCAAAGUCUUAAAAGUCAGCAAGGUCUACUGGUGGACUUUGGAUCAUUCCCACAGAAAUUUGUGGACCUCUUGGAAAUGUGUCUCAAAGAAGAACACAAAGAUAUGCCCAAGUUUCUCCUUCAGUUUGUGUCAACGUCAGGUUCUUAUGAAAGAGGUGUUGGCAAUCUUAACAUAAUAGAGACCAAUCCAUUCAAACACUUGACGCAUUUAUCCUUGAGAUUUGUACCUGGAAAUGAUGCUGAAGUUAAGAAAUACUURGCAGAUUGUUUGAAAAAACUAAAGGAGGAAAAGACAGCUUUAGAACAUAAACUGUCAAGUACUGAGCAAGAUCUUCGACAAAGAUUAGAAAACUGCCAAGAGGUUCUUUCCUCAAAAUCAAAACAGCUUGACACCAUUCAAGCAGAAUUCUUUGCCAAAUCAACAGAGUURUCUAACAAACAUGCUCAGGAAUUGACCGAAGAAAAACAAAAGAUUUUGCAGAUGAAGAGYAAAACUUUACAAGAAUUUGAAAAAGAAAGAAAAGAGCAGGAACACAGUCACAGAAAUAUUGUGAAGAGUCUAGAGUAUAGAAUUUCAGAAUCUGAUGCGCAAAUUAAGAGACUYACAGACAAGAAAUAUCAAGAUGAAAACACAAUUCGUGAGCUGAGAACAAAGCUGUCUGGUCUAGAAGGGGAAUAUGGUCACAUGAAGGAGGAAUUGUCUUCCCUUCGGCGAGGUAAUGCUGUGCURAAUUCUGAGCAACAUGAAAGGGAUAAAACUCUGUCACACUUGAGAACAAGGGUUGCUGUUUUGGAGCAGGAAUUGAGAGACAAAGAACAGGUUAUAUCUCGAACUAACGAUCUCCUUGAAUCAGCAAACGAUCAGAAGAGAAAGCAAGACACAAUGCUAGAAAACCAACAACAAGAAAUCAAAAAACUUGAGAAAAGUAUUCAAACAGUUUCAAAUGAUGUAGUCAAGGGYAACGAAAUUAUACACCGACUACAGUCAGAACGUCAAGCAAUGAAAUCUAAGAUAAAAUUAAAAGAUGAACUAACAAACAAACAAGGCAAAAUUAUCAAUGAAAAGGGUGAAGAACUUCAAAAGACGAGAAAGGAGAACGAGAAUCUCAGUGAAACUCUAAAACGAAAAGAUGASGAGAUUAAGAAAAUAAGCGAAACAUUACAAGCCACUACCGAGAAACUUGAAGAAAGUAAACAUUUGUUAAAAACAAAUGAAAAUGUAAUAAACUACUUAAACAGACAGAUCAAUGAUCAAAUGACAGUUGGUCAGCGUCAUGGUACUUUUGAACUUCAUUCAACCAAAGAUCCUCUUCUAAUUCGUGAAACUACAUCGGGURUUAAUGUGAAUAAGAAUGUCACUCCUCCUCAAGCGUUUGUACCUCGAUUCAGCGGAUCAAACACGCAAGUCACAUAUCGACCAAAYACGCAGCGUAAGCCUACGUUUCCGCGUCCUCUUACGCACUCGACUCCUACCAUCCCGGAAGAAGAYGAAUCUAGAAGCCCUGUGACUACGACCCCAAGUUCGUUCACUAUAAACUCGAGAAAUAAUAACGAAAACCAACCUUUAUUAGACCCUAAAUAUCUACAGAGAAAGGAACAAAUAUCUGAGGUCUCCGAUCAACAUAAAGAAAGCGUACCUCGUGACAAUAGGGUGCUUAAACCGAUACAGCGAUUUGGUCCCAAUGUACGAACCGCGCCGCCUGUUCGUCCUCCUCUCAUGUCAGCGUAUUUUCCUAAAGACUCUUAACGUUACUCGCAUAUGUGUUUAUCUCUAAACUCUGUGGGUGUUUGCCGAAGGUAAUGGAUGUUAUACUCAUUAACAAUGAAAAAAUGGGAAAUGAGAAGAAAGAAAGAAAUGAAGUGAGCAAUAAGAAAUAUAGGAACGAAAGACAGGAAAAAUAGUAGAAAAGAAAGCACAAAGGAAGAAUAGAAGAGAAAAAGAAAGCGAAGGAGGCAGAAAGUAUAGUCUCACAAGUGUAAAAAGACGAAUUUAUAUUACAACCUUUCAAAUCAAUCAAGUUUUUAUUCGACAAUAAAGAAUCAUUUAUCAAAGUUUUCUGGUAUUUAGAAUAAUUUCAAUACAGGUUCAAGGACUAGAGGAAAAAAGACUUCAUUAAUUAAUUCUUCGGUCAUUUGAUUAGACAUUGAAUUGGCUGCUAUGUACAAGUAUAAUAUCCAGAGUUUU